AUGGUGCUCACAGACCUAGGCUAUGAGGAUAAUGACGCGCUGGAGGCGUCAAUAAAUGGAUCUUUCGAUGACUUCAUCAAGAAAUUGCCUCAUAUCGAAUAUAAAAUUCAAGACGAUGGUGGUGUCAAUGACGGUCAGUUGGUGUUCCGACUGAAAUUAAAAUUGCAAGACACAACGGAGAAAGUGCCCAGAAAACACGAAUUUAAAAUCACUAGCAGAGACGAUAUGUGGCGAACCUGUUUGAAG